AUGGCGGCUCCCAGGAAAGCAUCAGUGCUGCUGAAGGCUGUGAAGACAAUAACGGUCCGGUUCUGUCCGUUCGAGUCCAACGUCCGGUCCACUCGGGAGUUCCUGGCUGCGGUGAGCUCAGAGAAGGUCCGGUCGACCAACAUGAACUGUGAGGUGACAUCCAUGGUGAAACAUGACCGGUCCGAACCAAUAGUGGAUAUUACUUAUGCAGAUGGAGAGCGGCUGGUGAUGAAGGGGGCACAGCUGACCAGCAGAGAGAUGCUGGAGGCCUUUCAGUCCCGCUGCAUCGCCAAGGACCCGCAGGGAAAAGCUGCAGCAAAGAAGUGACGUUCCGUGUGUUCAACUCAUCUGUAUUUAUCUCUGUACAUUUAUAAUAAAUAUUCAUUUAUAAUAAACAUGUCUUGAUUUAAA